AUGGAAAAUUUAUUAGUGCUUCAAGAAAAUAAUUAUUCUAUCUUACAAAAAACUAUAUCUAAUUUUAAGAAAACACCGAAGCCAAGAUUAAAUAAAAGUUACUUGAAAGUGAGAUUAGAAAGUUUAGAGAAACAUUGGGAUAUCUUUGAUGAGACACAUAGAAAUAUAGUAAAGACAUCUACAUUAGAACAAAGAAAGAAGCAUGAAUAUUUUGAAAAGGAUUUAUUUUCGAAAUGCGAAGAAGAGUAUUUUGUUUUGCAAAGCAGAUAUCACAGAGAUAAUAACAACAUUAAUAUUGAGAAUUGGGAUCCAUUAAUAAUACAUAUAAUUAGUAAUAAAUUAGACUCGGAGUCUCAAAAAACAUGGGAAGAAGAAUUGCAAACAAUACCUGUUGAAGAAUUACCUACGUUAGAAAAAUUUAAGAAAUAUUUAGAAGGAAGAUUUAGAGUAACAGAAAUGAUUCAAACAUCUUAUAUGAAAGAGAGAACUCAAAUUAAACCAAAAUCGUUUGCUACAAUAACUAGUAAUGCUGUAAAAAGAAAUACAGAGUAUAGAAGUAGAAAUACAGAAUGUGGAAAGUGUAAAGAGAAUCACGACAUAUUUUCAUGCAAAGAGUUUAUUAAGCUAGAUCCAGUUAUGAGAACAGAGUACAUUAAAAAGGAGAGAUUAUGCUUUAAUUGUUUGCGUCCUGGUCAUAGUGUAAAAUUUUGUAGAUAUAGAAUGAGAUGCGAUAUCUGUAAUAGAAAGCACCACACGUUGAUACAUAUAACUAAACCAAAUUUAGAGACUAUUAAUAAUGAGACUGAAGAGAUUAGAACACCAGAUAAUCAAACAAUGAGUCAACACAAUAUUCUUUCACAUGUGUCAAUACGAGGCCGUGUGUCAUUACUUGCUACUGCUUUGGUGAAUUUAGAAACGAGCAGAGGGCCACAGAUUGUACGAGCUUUAAUAGACCCUUGCUCAGAAGAAUCAUUUAUAAGUGAAGCAGUUGUAAAGAGAUUACAAUUGAAAUGUAAAGAUGUAGAAGGUCAGGUAUCAGCAGUUGGACAGAUGUCUACCCCGUUCAAGCACGCGGCGGAGAUUGAGUUAUCCUCUAGAAUGAAUAAAAAUUAUAAAUUAAAGUGUACUGCUUAUAUAAUUAAGCAUGUUACAGAUAUCAUGCCCGCUACAAGAAUAAAUUAUGAGCAUUGGACACAUUUCAGUGGCAUCGAGUUAGCAGAUCCAACUUACCAUACACCUGGAAAUGUAGACCUUUUAUUGGGUGUUCAUGUCUACACAGAUAUUUUGAUGAGUGGAGUUUUAAAGAGAAAGCAAGGAGAACCAAUCGCCCAACAAACUUACUUAGGGUGGAUAAUAUCUGGCGGCGAAGCUGUUGAGAGAUUACCAAAUAAGGGCCAAAUUAUUAGUAUGCAUUUGAGUGUAACGUUAGAUAAUAUGCUACAGAGAUUUUGGGAAUGUGAGUCACUAGAGUCUGAGAAUAAAAAUACACUUACCUCCCAAGAAGCUAGAGCAGAAGAAAUAUAUGAGAAAACAGUCAUGAGAGAUGAACAAGGACGAUAUGUAGUCAGCUUACCAUUUGUGAGAGACAAUCCAAUCUUACCUGAAAAUUCUAGAGAAAUAGCAAUGAGAAGAUUAAGAGGUUUAGAGAGAAGAUUGGCUGGAAAUGAAAACUUAAAACGAGAGUAUGAUAAUGUGUUAAAAGAGUAUAUAACAUUAAACCAUAUGGAAUUAGUAAAAGAUGAGAGAGAGAAAGAUACAGUCUACUUACCGCAUCACGCAGUUUUCAGAGAUGAUAAAACAACAUCGAAAGUGCGUGUAUUUGAUGCUUCGUGUCGAGGUACAAACGGAGUUGUUGGCGACAGCUCCUCAGGGAGAGCAGUGGACUGUAUCGAUGAAAGAAACGGUUGUCUCUCGAAGCCUGUUUAUUCUCUCCACAGAAGUUUCACAAUUAAGUUAUAA